CUAAGUCGGGAAAGAAUAGGAGGAAGUGUAGCUGCCAGUUAGCCAAACAAUCUAGAACUAAUUGAGCUCAAAAGAGCCACAGCUUUACUGUAGCCACCAAGAAUAAACAGCACAACUCUGUUAUUCACUUCAGAAUCCUUCGUAUGAGGUUGAAUAAUGAACAUGGUGUGAGUAGCACAGAAGAGCAAAGGAAAAUCGCAGCAUAUGAACACUUGGAAGAAGUUAGCGUGAGAAAAAGAACAGUGGCCUGAAAAGGGGUGGACUGAACUUGACACCUUAAGGUUUUCCAUGAAGUCCAGCUAAGAAUGCAACCAGCCAUAAAGAGAUAAGGCCUGUUUCGCUGUAGAUAUUCUUCUGUGUCGUGAAAAUGGCUCUAAUUUUUUGACAACAACUAAAGGAAAAUGGGGUCAAAUACACUUGGGAAAGCUGCAACAUUAGAUGAUCUUUUGAACACUUGUAUUGAAAUGUCUGAUGACAAAGGAGGUCUGGGCACCGCUCAUUUGCCAAGAACAUUCCUUUUAAUGCACCGAUGGUAUCUGUCUUCCACAGAACUGGCAGGCAAACUUCUCUCCAUCUAUAGAGAUGCCAGUGGGGAAAAUUGCGACGAAUUCCGUUUAAAAAUCUGCUAUUUCAUGAGAUACUGGAUUUUGGAGUUUCCUGCAGAAUUUAACUUGGAUCUUGGUUUAAUCCGUCUGACUGAGGAAUUCCGGGAAGUAGCCACCCAGCUUGGUUAUGAGGCUCAUAUCCACCUUAUUGACAUCUCUAGCAUUCCCUCCUAUGACUGGAUGAGAAGAGUCACACAAAGGAAAAAAACUUCUAAGAAAGGAAAAGCCUGCCUGCUGUUUGACCAUCUGGAGCCCAUUGAACUAGCCGAACACCUGACUUUCCUAGAGCACAAGUCUUUUAGACGCAUUUCUUUUAUAGAUUAUCAAAGCUAUGUGAUCCAUGGCUGCUUGGAAAACAACCCUACCCUGGAGAGAUCUAUUGCAUUAUUUAAUGGUAUCUCUAAGUGGGUCCAGCUUAUGGUUCUCAGCAAACCAACACCCCAGCAAAGGGCAGAAGUAAUUACAAAGUUUAUCAACAUUGCACAGGUGCAGCAGUCAUCCAGUGUCAUGCAAUACAUUUCCCUAAGCUUGAUGUUCAUAUGUUUGAUUCUCAUGCAGAAGUUGCUACAUCUCCAGAACUUCAACACCCUGAUGGCAGUUGUAGGAGGUCUAAGCCACAGUUCUAUUUCUCGUCUCAAAGAAACGCACUCUCAUCUAUCUUCUGAGGUUACAAAGGACUGGAAUGAAAUGACAGAACUGGUCUCCUCCAAUGGAAACUACUGCAACUACCGCAAAGCUUUUGCUGACUGUGUUGGCUUCAAAAUCCCCAUUUUAGGAGUACACUUGAAAGACUUGAUUGCUGUCCAUGUCAUCUUUCCAGAUUGGAUAGAUGAGAACAAAGUAAACAUAGUGAAAAUGCAGCAGCUUUCCAUGACCUUGAGUGAACUGAUUUCCCUGCAGACUGCUUCCCAUCAUCUAGAACCAAAUAUGGAUUUAAUUAACCUGCUAACACUGUCCCUGGACCUCUAUCACACAGAAGAUGAUAUUUACAAGCUCUCCCUGGUGUUGGAGCCAAGGAAUUCUAAAUCACCUACCUCCCCAACGACCCCUAACAAGCCAGUAGUGCCGCUGGAGUGGGCAUCUGGAGUGGUACCAAAGCCUGACCCAACCAUCAUUAACAAGCACAUAAGAAAGCUAGUCGAUUCUGUUUUUAGGAACUAUGAUCACGACCAUGAUGGCUAUAUUUCUCAAGAAGACUUUGAAAGUAUAGCUGCCAACUUUCCUUUUCUGGACUCCUUCUGUGUACUGGACAAAGACCAAGAUGGUCUUAUUAGCAAAGAAGAAAUGAUGGCCUACUUCCUGAGAGCAAAAUCACAGCUACAAUGUAAAAUGGGACCAGGAUUUAUUCACAACUUUCAGGAGAUGACCUAUCUUAAGCCGACUUUCUGUGAACACUGUGCAGGAUUUCUCUGGGGCAUAAUCAAACAAGGAUACAAAUGCAAAGACUGUGGUGCCAACUGCCAUAAGCAGUGCAGGGACCUGCUUGUGCUCGCCUGCAAGAAAUUUUCUAGAGGAACCUCCACAGGCAGUAACCACGGGUCUUUGCCUAGCAGUCCCUCUCUGCCUCCAGUACAAGAUGAAGUAUUUGAGUUUCCCAGUGUUGCUACAGGACAUCAGGACCUGGAUGGAAGAGCCAUAACCCUAGUGACUGGCUCCUCUCGGAAGAUUUCUGUCCGUCUGCAGCGGGCUACCACCAGUCAAGCAACCCAGACAGACCCACUGUGGCAUGAGCCUGGCUGGAGUGACUCAGGGUCCCAUACCUUCCCUAAAAUGAAGUCCAAGUUCCACAGCAAAGCUGGAAAGAACAAAGGCUUUGCAAAAUGGGAGAAUGAAAAGCCCAAUGGACAGGCUAAUACAGAUGUUGAAGCAGAGACACAAGAACAUGCACUGGACCAGAAUGGAAUAGAAACACUCCAGGAAAGACAGGAAUCUGAGGAUAGCUGAUCACUUGCCCUGAAAGAUGGAGGACAAUUAAGAUGGCUGUUGGAACUCAACAAGAUACAGAUGUCUGUAGACCACUCUUUGACUAUGGGAAAUUUUGCUGUACCUCAUACUUACACUUUAUGCAUUCAGAAGAUCUUCCUGUUAUCUUAUGUAAUAGGUGGUAAAGUCAAAAUGCACUAUUUAUUUUCUCACACGUAAGUCAUCAGCAAAGAAAGAGCAGAUUUCUAGAUUUCUUGGAAGGUAUUGGCCAGCAGGGAGAAAUUGCCUGUAUGCUUGAUUCUGCAGUUCUGCAAACCAGUGAGGAUAGACCUGAUCAUUUUUUAAAAUAUUGCAUCAUUUCAACAUACCUAUUCCAGUUAUGGUGAGAAUGGGAUCUGACUGCCAAAGUUAAUUUGAUAAAGCAUCUUGUUUAGAGGCUCAUAAGGAUCUUUGGAAAAAACUAGAAAUUUAUGUUCAUUGCUAAAUCUCAAAUGGGAGUCUUUUCAAGAGUCAGAGUUAAAAUCCUCCCCUUGGUUAAAAGCCUUUGCACACCCAUCUUUCCAACUUUAAAGAUGUUUAUGUUGUUCCUGUUAAACACAUCAUGUAAGUGUGUUACAUCUUAAUAACACAAGGCCACAAAAAGAGGCUCUCAAACCACAGCAUGUGUCAAAGGACUGUAGGAAUUUCAGGACAAAUAUUAUUAUUCAUAUGUAUGAUUAUAGAAUAACUGGAGAGAGAUUCUCUCCCCCAGCACUGAUUAUGAUAAAAUUAGCAUGUAAUAAAACAUUUCAGUUUUUAGGGUU